AUGAGUGCGUCGACGUUUUCGGACGCUUCCCUGGCCCGCGAUUCUCAGAGCGCGGACUUCGACUUGAUCGUUCGCCAGCAGCCCACCCGGGCGCGCGUGGCUGGUGGGAAGGAGAAAGAACGCAAGCCAGUUGAUCCGCCUCCAAUCGUGCAGAUUCGUGUGAGAGAGGAGGGGACUUAUCUCGCGCAACACUAUCUCCAGAGUCCCUAUUAUUUUAUGUGCUGCAGCCUCUACGAUGCUUCCGAAGACAAUCCUGUUCCCGUGGCACCAUCCACCGCACUAACUGGUACACUGGUCUCCUCGCUUCACCGGUUGAAGGAUGUGGACAACAGCGAUGGAGGGUUCUUCGUUUGGGGAGACUUGUCCGUGAAGAUCGAGGGCGACUUUCGACUCAAAUUCACUCUUUUCGAAAUGCGCAAGGACGAUGUAACCUACCUGAAAUCCAUCAUCACGGACCGCUUCACUGUUUACCCUCCAAAGAGCUUCCCUGGAAUGGGAGAAUCGACCUUUCUGUCUCGAUCGUUUGCAGACCAAGGAGUAAAAUUGAGGAUUAGAAAAGAACCGCGGACGCUGAUAAAACGGCCACCCCCACGACCGGAGGACUAUCCUCAGCCGCUUCCACGAUCGCCAGAUCGCUCGUCAAUUCAGAUGUCGAGUAACGCAUUCAGCGGGUACCCUCAAGCAGCAGGCAGAGACUAUGCGUCGUACUACGGAGCGGCGCAUCCAACCAAGCGAGCACGGAUGUCAUCGAUUGACAUGGGCACCAGAGGUGUCUAUGAUGCAGAUGGCCGACUUCGCCAGAUGGAUGCUUACCCUCAGACUGCAAUAUACAAUCAAGCGGGUGGCUAUCCGGCUUCUAUGAUGCAGGGUUAUCCGACGGGGCACACGGGAGUUCCGGACUAUACGAUGAGUUACGGAAUUCCGGCUUCCGCUCAGGUACCCCAGAUGCAGGAUCCAAGUGUUCACGGUCGAUCGAGUCAACAGGCGACGAUGCAGUCUCUUGGGAUGGUAAAUCAGCCUGGCACUCCGACAGCGGAUGCAACAGGGGCGAUGAUGUCUCAAGGUUAUCCUCGAUCCCAGCAAUAUCAGACCAGCUCAACGAUUCUCCCUCCUCUGCAACGAAACCGCAACUUUCCUCAGGGGGCGAACGGUGCGACGGCCCGAGGUUACUUUGAUCAAUCGUCUCAAGCGGCUACACCGAUCCUACCAUCUCAGCCUAUGGGUACGAACGAGGCGGAGCGAUACGGUUCCGCGCCUGGCCAGGCCCCUUUCGACCACCCUGGUUCGGCGAAUGGCACCCCCCGAUAA